GGCCAUCAUGGAACAAUCAUUGGAGAACCUCUCGACAUCAUCGAGGUUGACCGCGAUUGAAGCGGACGUCCAAGCGUUCCUCGCGUCCCUGGAGACGCUAAAGAAAACCACCACCCUCGCACAACGGAACCACGAGCGCAAGAAGCUGUACAAGAUUGUGGAGUUCAUUCGGUUGGACAUUGAAGAAGAGCUCCUAAAGUUGCACGAGUCCCUUCUGACAGAGCCUGGCGCGACUGCACCGUCCGAUGAAUUAUCUCAGUGCAAUGAUCCGAUUGUGGUAGGCUUUGCCACGCGCCUGGACACCCUUCGCACGCUCUUGACCCUGGAAAUUCAACCGUCGAACCGAUCCAUCGUCGAAAAAGUGUACAUGUUCGUGCGAGCCGCGACCUUUGCGCUCAUCAUGUUUGGCGGCUUCUUCAUCGUGUGCUUUUUGGUGCCUCUUCGAUGGAUGCACUUGAUUUUGCGAAAACUUGGCGUGCCCAACUACUACUUACCCAUGGAUUGGCUUCAAACUGCGUUCGGAAUGGCAUUGUGCGUCGCGGCGGGCAUCCAAGUGUCAAUUUCUGGCCGAGACAACAUGAAGAUGGAAAAUCUCAAGGACUCGACGAUCCUCAUGUUCACCCACGGCUCCAACUUGGACGGGCUCAUGAUCCAAGGCACAUCGCCAACGUCGCUCAAGUUUAUCGGGAAAAAGGCCUUAUUCAUGCUUCCCAUUGUCGGAUGGGGCUUUCGUUGGGGAUUUGGGAACAUUCCCAUUGAUCGAUCGAAUCGGGAAGCGUCGAAGCGCAGCUUGAAAGCUCUGGCAAAAGCUGUGAUCGAGUAUGGUCGGUCCGUCGCGAUCUCCCCGGAAGGGUCACGGUCUAAGAGCGGCCAAUUGCAAGAUUUCAAGAAAGGUCCGUUCUACCUUCAAUCGGAUGUCAACAAGUCGAUCACCCCGGCUGUCGUCCACGGCGCGUUUGAGCUGUGGCCGCCCGGUCGAAUCUUCACGCUGUCCGGGAAAGCGCAUGUUGAGUACCUUCCCCAGUUCCAAGUCGACCCGACCAAAUCUCGCAAUGCGAACCGUCUCGCCCUGCGCCGCGUUUACUUGACCGCGUUGGCCAAGCCCGUGCCAGACGACUUGUCUACAACUCCAGAUGCCCCCCACGUCCUUCUGCACUUGUGGUGCAUUCUGUUCCUUUGGGUGAUCAUUCCCGGAGGCGUGUCCAUCAUCUGCGCGGCGAUUUCAGGCGUCACCAGUGUCCUUGGGAUCUCGACGGGAUGGGGCACUUUUCAGUUUGUCGCGUCCGUGAUGGUGGGACUGGAGACACUCAUGCAUUUUACAUGUUAAUGAAAUAUAUAACACGAGGAGGGCAAUAUGGAAUCUGUGCGCAAGCCUUGCUCGUCUGUCGAUGAAGAAAUCUUGCUACUUGGCCGCCGGCGUCUCUGUAAUGUCCCUUGCGGCGUCUUCUGCGGCAGCUUUGAAUGGCUCGGCGGGCGACGUCGUCGACGAAUGCGAAAACAACCGCUGGGCUUGUACCGCCGCCUCCAAUUCGGGUGUGUCCACCUGGGCCUCGUCUUUCGCCAUCUCGGCCACAAACACAUUCGCGUCUGCAUAUCCCUUGACAAUGUUUCCUGCGUGCUGGCUCCGGCGGAGGUAUGAUCCUUCAAGUUCAUAGAUCUGCUUCUCCAGUUGGGUCAGUUCUUCCUGUUCGUCCGAUCGCUUGCCCAUCCAAGCUCUCAGUUCCUCAUCCAUCUUGCGCGUUUCUUCGUCCAUACUCAUGGUCGCUUCAGCCUCGUCGUCCAAGACGUCGGUUUUGGCGAUCUGGUUGGGGGCAGUGUUGACUGCUUCUUCGUGUUUGUGUUUGGCGGAAGUGCCACCUCGCGGCGACCGACGACGACGCACAGCGUCUGAAUGGGACUCUUUUGAGUCGAUAUCUAUCGUGGGGACUGUAUUCUGCCGAGGAUAUCGUCGAAGUGUGGACUGCUUGACGGAAACUGCAGCUUUGGAUUUCUUAGACGGUGGCAGCGUCACUGGGGUUUCGUCGACUUUGCGCUUGUCAGACGUGGGCGACUUGGAGUCACUGUUGCAUGCGCAGGAGCACUUUGAGCACGCCGUACAUACUGCGCACCGCCGCGCCCUGCAUCGACAUGUCAGCUUGGCCCAGACCUUGGUGCCUCCCGAGGACGCCUGUGACUGUUCGGAUACGGGUUUCGGAUUAUCCGGACGUUUGGGCGAUGGGUUGUGCGAUGUGGCGGCAGCGGCAUCUUCAUCUUUCGGCGUCGUCAUUGAACUCUGGGGAGGAUCUAGUUCAUUCGUGCGCGAUGCACGCCGUCUGGCACUAACAAUUUCGUAUGUGGACCCGCCUUCCGUCGUCUUGGGCCAGUGGUUCGAAGGUGACAUCUUUGUCGACCCGUCGAUUGGUUGCAAAGGGCGCCGGGGUAGUUCAUUGCAGGCGCAUUGGCACUUUAUGCACAAUUGGCAGUCCGUGCAUCGUCUAGCCUUGCAACGACACUUGACAGGCGCGGUCGUCUUGGUUUUCGUUCGCUUGUUCGACUCGGGGACAGACUGCACGGGCGCCGCCGCCGCAGCAUCCAUCGCCUGUACUACUCGGGUGGUUUUAAUGAGC